GCUGCCGGGCUUCGGCUUCCAGUCCGCGGAGGGCGAGGCGGCGUGGACAGCGGUCCCGGCAUCCAGUGCCCAGCCCCAGCCGCCCACAAGCCGCGUGCCCGUCCGCCGAGCCCCGAGCCUGCCGCUUCCCUUCUCAGCGCCCUGCCGCUGCCGCAUCGCCGCGGCCCAGCGAGCGGCCCAGAUGCAGGCCAUCAAGUGUGUGGUGGUGGGAGACGGAGUUGUAGGUAAAACUUGCCUACUGCUCAGUUACACAACCAAUGCAUUUCCUGGAGAAUAUAUUCCUACUGUCUUUGACAAUUAUUCUGCCAAUGUUAUGGUAGAUGGAAAACCGGUGAAUCUGGGCUUAUGGGAUACAGCUGGACAAGAAGAUUAUGACAGAUUACGCCCAUCCUAUCCGCUAACAGAUGUGUUCUUAAUUUGCUUUUCCCUUGUGAGUCCUGCAUCAUUUGAAAAUGUCCGUGCAAAGUGGUAUCCUGAGGUGCGGCACCACUGUCCCAAAACUCCCAUCAUCCUAGUGGGACCUAAACUUGAUCUUAGGGAUGAUAAAGACACGAUCGAGAAACUGAAAGAGAAGAAGCUGACUCCGAUCACCUAUCCGCAGGGUCUAGCCAUGGCUAAGGAGAUUGGUGCUGUAAAAUACCUGGAGGGCUCCGCGCUCACACAGCGAGGCCUCAAGACAGUGUUUGACGAAGCGAUCCCAGCAGUUCUCUGCCCACCUCCCGUGAAGAAGAGGAAGAGGAAAUGCCUGCUGCUGUAAAUGUCUCAGUCCCUUCUUCUUGCCCUGUCCCUUGGAACCUUUGUACACUUUGCUCAAAAAAUGGUGGAGCCUUCGCACUGAAUGCCAACUUUUUGUUACAGAUUAAUUUUUCCAUAAAACCACUUUGAACCAAU